AUGUUACUAGUUGAAUCUCCAACAUGGAUGGCGUAUAAAGAAAACUAUGAACGACUUCAACCAAUGUUUACAGAUUAUCCACGUGAAGAUAUACCCUUGGAUUCAAUAGAUAUCUUUUGGAGGAAGCUUGAUAUUUCAGAUACGACACCUGUAGUAGACGACAAUAUUUUGUGUGAUGAUAUAGUUGAAAAAAUUAAAGAAAGCUUCAAGAAGCAAUCAAAAGCCGGGAAACAAGCUUUUAUGAGAAAGCUACAAGAGAUAUAUGAUCCGCAAAAAACUGACAUUGGGGAGCCUAUAGUUCAAGAAAACACUCGUGAACGACCAAGUGUGAAGAAACACCAGAAAAAGAAAGUCAAUCCUCCAAAUCAAGCUAUUAGUGGAUACAACUUCUCAACCACAUCAGAGUUUGUUGGAAUAUCUCUUCAAGAUCAAUCCAUGGAAGACUUACAAGUGGAAGUCAUAAUCGAUAUUCUCUCAAGACUUCAUGUGAAGACCGUCAUCCAUUGCAAAAGUGUAUGCAAGAAGUGGAUGUAUAUCAUUUCUGACUCUUACUUUUCCAAUCUUCACCUCUCGAGAUCACCUACAAACCUCGUGAUUCAUCAUAAUUUAGGAUUUGAUACGAAUAGUUAUAAAAAAACAGGCACUUUAACAUGGGUGGACCUUGAAGACGACCCUCUCAUGACCCUUGCUCUUAAUCAUGCUGAUUGGAUUCUUGUUGACCGGGAUUCCCCUAAAAAGAUUUAUGCUUUUGAUUUUGACAAGGAGAUGUUUGAUUUGUUCCCAUCUCCUCCCUCUUCUGAAGCUAUACGUGGAAGUUUGGGGGUGAUAAACAGUUGCUUAUGUCAAUGUGAAAGUUACAAUUCUAAAUUGAUGAUUUGGGUGAUGAAGGAAUAUAGGGUUAAGAAAUCUUGGAAUAAAGAGGUGGUGAUUGAGAGAAGUAUCAGCCCUGGUCUUCCUUUGUGGUGUGUGGAAGUUGUGUUUAUUGUACUGGUGGUCACGCAACCCUUUCCCCUGACCUUUCGUUUACCUGCUUUUGCUUUGACCCUCGAUGUCAUCUCCUUCACUGGUCACCAAGAUUCCGUCAUCGUUGUGUUGCUCUAUGAGCUAUUCCACGGAGAAGUUAGUCUGAAACCAGAAGAAAAGGCCGAAUUCCACCUUCGCCUCAUCGUCGGUCUCCCCCGCUGCAUGAAGUCGCCACUCCACAGGAUAUUUCUUUGA